AAGAGAGAAAGUGGGAAUUGGAAAUCGCGGUGGAAAAGUGCUUAUGCGAAUAAAAAAUUCGGUGUCUCUGAAAUCUUAAAUUUCAUUUCACAGUGAAAGUGUUGCCAUGUGAACUUUCAGUUAUUCUUCUGCCACGUCAGCCAACACUAGUUUUAUUUAAUGAGAUGCGAACAUAGGUUUUUGGAUCGAUUAUGUUAUAAUAAGAAAGAUGAAGAAAAUUGAGAAUUCAGCUGCUAUACUUUAUCACUACCCAUGUCCUGAUGGUGUUUUUUCCGCUCUCGCCGCACAUCUUUACUUCAAAGCCACUUCCUUAUUCUCUCCUCUCUUCUUUCCCAAUACUGUAUAUAAUCCUCUCAGAAUUGAAGACCUUCCAUUGAGUGAAAUUACUGAUCUUUAUCUUCUUGAUUUUGUUGGCCCACCUGGAUUUGUUCAGGAAAUCUCAACCAAAGUUCCAAGAGUGAUUGUUUUGGACCAUCACAAAACUGCACUUGAGAGCCUUAGUAGCGAUACUUCACUUGGUGAGAAUGUGAUUAAGGUUAUUGACAUGGAGAGAAGUGGGGCUACUAUUGCUUUUGAUUACUUCAAAGAAAAACUUGUGAAUCCCGAUGUUGGUGUGGUGGUGAACCAACCUUCGGUGCUUGGUGAAUUCGAGCGUGCGAGGCAACUUUUUAAGUACAUUGAAGAUGUGGACCUUUGGAGGUGGAGACUCCAAAAUAGCAAAGCUUUUAGCAGCGGUUUGAAGGAUUUGAACAUUGAAUUUGAUGCCCGGAUAAACCCUUCCUUGUUUGACCAGUUGCUUUCAUUGGACUUGGAUUCUGUUAUUAGUCAAGGCAUGGUGAGCUUGUCACAUAAGCAAAAAUUAAUUGAUGAUUGUCUCAGCAAAUCAUAUGAAAUCGCCCUUGGGAAUGGUGCAUAUGGUCGCUGCCUGGCUGUUAAUGCAGAUGCUGCUCUUUCAGAGUUAAGGAGUGAACUAGGACAUCAACUAGCUACUAAAAGCCAGAAAUUGAAAUUGAGGGGUAUUGGAGCUGUAGUAUAUAAUGUUCCAGAGCUUGAAAAUGACCAGAAGCUAAAAAUAAGUCUGAGGAGUUUGGACAAUGAAGAUACAACUCCCAUCUCUCAGGAAUUUGGAGGCGGCGGACAUCGAAACGCUAGCUCUUUCUUGUUAAAGUCCAAAGAAUUCACACAAUGGAAGGUGUGAUUAGAGAUGUUAACUUGCUCUUGACAUGGAGAUAUCAAACAGAGUUUACACUUGAUGUUAUGUAUGCUGGUUCAAUCUGAAACCUUUUUUACUUUAUAAAUCAAUGUGAAUGUUUUGGUAGCUCUCUAUGACUAUAUAAACAAUUUUUUUGAACUAUUUUUUGUAGUUUCAAUUUUCAAUGUAAAUUAAAUUAAUCAUGUUUUAAUGGCAUCUUUAAUUAUCAUAAGAUUUCUAUUAA